AUGCCAAAGGGCCACGAAGCCCGCCUGGCGGCUGUGGCUGCACGCUUUCAGGAAAUUGAGCGGGACAUUGCGAGACUGCGCCUCAUGUCGCGUGGCGCGCCGGAAGCGGUGCCUGCGGGGGCGCUGGCCCAGUGUCGUGAUACUUCGGGCCUGCUGGAAUUGCAGCCGUGCGCGCGGGACACGGCGGAGGUGGCGGCGCUGCGGCGGUGGUGUUUGGCACAUGGACUUCACAGCGCCCGCUUCCGGUGGGUGCCGGCGGAUUAUUACCAACAGCCGCUGCAGUGGCGACGUGAUGUUUUGGCGGCCCCCUCUAUUUACCACCUGUGCAAGUCUAUCGUGCUGGAGAACACGCACUGCCCCCACACAGACUGUGGCCACCGCGAGAACUCUCGCUACUACAUCGCUGUCUUUCCGUAUACGGAGAGCUUUGACGAGCGCCUCAUCAUGCGUUUCGUGAUGGCCAUGAACAAGGGCAUGGGAAAGAAGAAGUUUAACUUUCGCCUUGCAGAGCCUGCGAAGGCUCUGCAGCUGACGGGCUUCGGGUUUGGUGCGGUGGCCCCAGUUGGCACCACCGAAGCGGUUCCUGUUAUUAUCAGCGACCGCAUUGUGGAGCUUUCCCCGCCCGUGUUUUGGAUGGGCGGGGGCCACGUGGACUGCAAGAUGUGUGUGGAUGUGGCGGAAUUCCUUCGGGUUGUCAAUCCUUUCGUUGGCGCCUUCACAACUCCGCUAUCUGUUGAGGAGUUGGAGCGAUUGGUUGAGUAA